GUUGCGAAUAGGCGAAGAAGAAGAAAGCGCAGAAGAAGAAAGGUCUGCCCGAUCGGUUUCCGGAACAGGAGAAACCGCCCUUUUGUUCAGAAAUGAGCCAGGAAGCACUUUGACUAGUGAGCUGAUACCAUGGUGGAUAACCGCUAUGCCACAGCCCUGGUCAUCGGCGCCGUGCUGAGCCUGCUGGCUGCUGUGUACCUCUCAGUGGCCGUGGGAACGCAGCAUUGGUACCAGUACAGCAGCCCACCGGGCUCACAUGACGGAAGCAACACCUCAUUGUUGGGAGAUGACUCUGUUGACGGCGACUUUGACGAGAAGACGUCAAGCGAGACCUUGUAUCGCCUCAAUGGCACCAUGGGACUGUGGUGGUGGUGCAUCCUGGUGCCCAGCCAGUCUCACUGGUUCAAGGAGCCAGAUCCCAUUUUUAAAAGGCAGUGUGAGCGCUUCACUCUUCCGCAGCAGUUCUUGCCAAAAUACAAACACCCUGGAAACUACAAUCGUGACGAGGACCUGUUAAGGACAUACUUGUGGAGGUGCCAGUUUCUCUUGCCUCUGGUAUCGCUGGCCUUGGUGUUCCUGAGCGGCCUCAUCGGCGUCUGCGCUUGCCUGUGCCGCAGCUUCACGCCCACCCUGGCUGUGGGAGUGCUUCAUCUUCUCGCAGCUUUGUGCUCUCUGGGCAGCGUGUGCUGCUUCCUGGCCGGCGUGGAUCUCCUCCACCAGUACGUCAGGCGGCCCGACGGGGUGGAGUCAUCGCUGGGCUGGUCCCUCUACCUCGCCCUCAUCUCCUUCCCGCUGCAGAUGAUGGCGGCUGCCUUGUUCCUCUGGGCGGCUCGCAGCCACCGCAAGAACUACACGCGCAUGAUCGCCUACAGGGUGGCGUAAAAUGGCGGCUCGGAGCAAGCCAACUCGUAAGGCGGACGGAGGAUGUUUGUAGCCAAUUAUCGGAAGUGCUGACGCUUACACAACAUCCAUUUGUGGUUCUUGACUUCAUUGCAUCUAUGUAGCCUUUUCUCUAAGAGCGCAUGCUGUAUUAUUUAUGAAGUUGUGGUGUCGCUGUGGAGAUUGCCUUCUUUUAGUUGUCAUCAGUUUCACUGCUGCUCUUCACCUUGCCAUUAACUUUUUGUAAACUUCAUCAAAUUCACAAUGCCUCAAGACAUCUUUCUUUCGAAGUUUGUUUCACUCCAGCCUUGCGUGUGUCGUGUUGACAAAAUGUCACUCACUUGAAUUGUAACCACUUUUAUUGCGCUUAAUGUUUAUUAUUGUAGUUAAUCUCAAGUCAAGUGAUUUACGUUUGAAAUGUUGAGCGGUCACAACUGUCGUCCAUUCUGGUGUCUUUUAAAUCUUUUAAAGGAGGUUCACAUUUUGCGGAUGGCAAAAAAUGUGACUUAAGUGUACUCUUGGGGUCCAAAAUAAUUGUUGUUAACUAUGUCAGUGUUUUAUGAAACUGUUUUCAAGCACACCACUUGUGUUCAAAUAAAGUGGAUUUCUGACAAACAAAAAAUUGUCACAGAAAUCAUUCACAUGUAACUCGUUUUGGAAUGGUUUUAGUGUAAAAGAGAAGCACAGUUGGCCUUCAGUUGAAAAGAAAUGAUAAUUUUGCAUCGCUGACUCUUUUUGGAGGACUUUAAUCAGUAUCAAUAACUUUAAAAGCUCGUUGGUGAGUUGAACAUUUUCAGACAAUCACUCAGGACGGCUUGUCAAUCUUAAAAUUUUGUGUGUUUGAUCCACAGUCAAAAAAAAAAAAAAGAUAAGGCACCUUUUAUGAAAAUAACAUUUUCUCCUCGUAAGAACUAUCAGUUCUUUUUCACACAGACUGACGGGAGGCAAAUACUAAUCUUGCGAGCUAAUUGAAAGGCGAUCCUCUUCUCGUAGUAGGCGCAUUCGUUCACAAAGAACGGGUAGGCCUCCUCGCCCUCGUACUUAACCGUCUCACCAUUGAACGACCGGAAAAUAGGAUCCCCGGCACGGAGAAGCUUGAAGUCGUUGUCCUGCAAAAUAACAGAGGACAGUACUUGGAAAAAUUAGCAUAGAUCUCCAGAAUUAAAUCCAAGAUGGUGAUCAUUUGGAGGCAAGUUGUGAUGUACCUGUAGCUGGGGAUGAAUAGCAGCGAUGAUCUCGUCGGUGGCGGGAUCUCUUGGGUAGUCGAGGACGGCGGUUUGACAGUAGACCUCUACUUCACCACCCUCGAACGUACUUCCUGUUAGAUUGACAACAGCCUCAGCGCUUUCCACUUUUGGUUGUUUAAUCUUUGCAGAUUCCCAUCAACGAGGUGACUGAGAAUAUACACAGACACACAAAAUAUAUAUUUUUAAUAUUCCCUUUAUCACACAAUUUUUAAAACUUUACAUUUUGGGUCGGUCCAAUUUUUAACUCGUGUUUUAAGGGUGUCAUACUUUUGCAACAUUGAGAUAUUUUUUCCUUCUGUUUUUUGUGUCUUGAAAAUUUCUAAUUUUUCACCUAAUUCAAUUGAAAAUAAUUUUAAUUUUUUUUUUUUAUAUAUAUAAUUCUUUCUUCCCUAAUUGAAUUGUGUGAGCUCACCAGAAUUAAAAUUUUCAAGCCAAUCCAUGAUGAGAUCCAGCGUUUCCGUCACCAUGUUGUAAAUGUCUGCUCUGACCACUCCGGUGGGUUGAGGUCCGACCUCCAACG